AGAGGAGCAGAGGAGCAGAGGAGCAGAGGAGCAGAGGAGCAGAGGAGGAACAUCACUGACUAGCUGCUCUGUGAUUGGCUGACAUCAGUAUCAAGAUGGCGCACCUCUUUCUCACCAGUAAGAUCAACAUGGACGACCUCCACUGCAAAGGCGGUCCCAGGAUCCCCAGGAGUGCCGUGAAGCCGCCGGCGUCCAUCUCUGCCGAGAAGCUGAACCGGGACAAGCCCAGGAAGGACCAAGGCGUUGUCGUGGUGACGCGCGUCCCACACGUCAAUGAGGUCCAGCUGACGGCGGCCACUGGUGGUGCCGAGAUGUCCUGCUACCGCUGCACCGUGCCGUUUGGCGUGGUUGUCCUUAUCGCCGGCAUCGUGGUCACGGCGGUUGCGUACACCUUCAACUCUCACGGGUCCACCAUCUCAGUGCUGGGGCUGGUGCUGCUGUCCGCCGGCCUGGGACUGCUGGGCUCCAGCGCCAUCUGCUGGAGGGUUCGACUGAGGAAGAAGAAGGACAAACGGAGGGAGAGUCAGACUGCCCUCAUUGCCAGUCGGGGGUACUGCGUGGCCUGAGGAGAAACACCCAGAAACACUCUGAACGGGGGGGGGGCGUGAACCUGAACGCACCAGACUAACUCCGUCCAGCAGGCGGCGUCAGGUUCACACCUCCUGAGGAGAUGAUGGCGCUGCCGUGGGUCACAUGACGCACGACCAUACCUCCGCACAGUGGUUGAGCUGGACGACGGACGACGGUUAAACUUUCUUAUACAAACGUUCAGUUCUGAGAUGAAGAGAAAAUAAAAACAAUUUCACGAUGGAUCAGUCGUCACAGAAUGAAACUAAAAUAACCAACGAUCUUAAAACUUUGGUUAUUUUCUCAGAUUUUUUUUAACUCAAAACAAGACUUUUAAUGACGUCACUUUGACUCUGGGAACUUCUGCUGAGAACUUUCUACGGAGGCCCCCAAGGGUCACAUGGUGUAAAAGGAAUAUUGUCAUGGAAUCGUUGGGAUUAAACAGAGCUCAAGGUUUAAAGGAGGUUUGAAGUCAAAACCUGGAAAUGAUCAAAUGCAGCUAAAUGAAAGCACAGAUUAAUAAUUCAUGUUUAUAAAAACAACAAUAUCUCAAUAAAAUAUCACUUCCUGUUAAACUAGUGAACCAAUGCAUGUUUGUCAUCAUACAACUCGGAGGCGAGUCCUUCGACAUUUUCAGUUUUAAAAGCUUAAAGAAUCAAUUGAAUGGCUUUUAUAUGAAACUCUGGCUCAUUAAGGUGAAGUGAAUGUGCACAGGGGAAUAUUUAACAACGUUAAUUUCAAUCUUUGCUUUUAUUGAGUCAAUAAAUGAGUCAGACCCUUGAACGCACCUUGACUGAACUCUGAUUAUGUGGAAAGAGUUUAUAUAUAAACAUGUUCAGUCUGUAACUAAAUGCUGCUAAUAAUCGAUAUAUAUUAUAAUAAAGAAAAGGUACAUUCCAGACGACGUUUCUCUCUGAACGUGGUCGUCUGAUUGGCUCUGGUCGUGACCUCCGUAUGUUUCUCUGUGUGUGAUUGGUUCGUUCUGCAGGAUCAAAGGCAGAAAACCUUUAGUUCAGUGUGAAUGUCUCUGUUUUCAGACAUAAAAACAGAGACAGCGUUUCCAGCUCGUCCACACCGGCGUCGGCCCUCAUCACCAAAAGCUCUGGAAUCUCCUCGUGUUUCCAAGUUGAUGUCUUUUUUAAGAAUUUCCAACAUGUGUCGUUUAUCCAAACAUGAACCGCAGCAAGUUUGUUGACGUGUUGAGGAAAGAAACAUUUGAGUGUUUUUUGCAUCAAGUUUAACAGUGAAGUUGUUCAUGGUUCAUCCUCAGGAGAACACAGACGUCUGAACCACAUUCGACGAGGUCUUUGAUAAUUUCAGGAUAGCAUCCGGAGUUCAGUUCAUGUCUGAAAACAGCGGCAGAGAAACGUGCAGUGACGUGAGGUCACAGGUCGGGAUGUGUUUUAUCUGUCUCAUGUAGACUUUGUAUGUUCGACUCGAGCAGGAUCCAGACGUCAUGAAUCCACGUUUAGAAACUGUGUCUUAUUUAUUCUGUUUUAUUAAAGUGAAGUUCUGACCCGA